AUGGGACCCUUGAUCUGUGCAUUUGGUGAAUCUGGCACCAGAGAGCUUCGUCUUCGGAGGGAGGCAAACGUGUGUGAGGCGGCUGCUAAUGGCCACUGGCUACUUCCUCAUGCUCGGUCCGACGAGGCAGAGACCUUGCAGAUUGUCCUCUCAACAAUGACCCCUCCUUCUGAUGAGAAUGGCAGGGAUGUCUAUCUGUGGAGGAAUGGAGAGGACCAUUAUGUCCAGAAGUUUUCGACCAAGGCUACUUGGAUUAGGCUAAGAGAACCCUCACCUCUGGUACCAUGGAGCAGACUAGUCUGGUUCAAGGAAGAAAUACCGAGAUGUUCUUUUGUUACUUGGAUGGUGGCUCUCGCUAGGCUUCCCACCAGGGAUCGGCUUGCUUCGUGGGGCAUGAACGUUCCAACGCAGUGUGUUCUUUGUCUCUCCGGAACAGAGUCUCAUUCUCAUCUUUUCUUUCAAUGCCCUUUUGUUGCAGCAAUUUGGGCUAAGUUCUCUGCCAGUCCAGUUCUGCUUGCUCCAGUCUCUAUCCAAGCACUUGCUGGUGUUAUUGCUCAUCCCCAACUCGCUGGAGUCGCUGGUAUGGAUGCUGUGCUGAAGCUUAUAUUGCAGGUAAUUGUGUAUUGCAUCUGGCGGGAGCGUAACGUGCGCAUCUUCCAGCAAGUCUCUACAUCAGUUGCUGAAGUCUUCUCUCGGGUGGAUCGUCUCAUCAAGGAUCGCCUGCUUGCCAUCAGUCGUCACGCCCAACCUCCGCCAUCGCCUUCGCUGCUCCUGCUCUAUCUCUCUUUGUUGCCCGCGGGCCUGUAA